AUGGGCGCUCAAACCGAGGGAAUCUUGACCCGCGGGAAGGCCGCUGCUCUUGCGGCAGCAGCAACAACAACAGCAGGCGUAGGGAGUUCCCCGAGGAGUGGUAUGGACAAGGAUGAUACUACUCCAGUGGAGGAUGCUAAUGGACCUGCAACUGCCGAUAGCGAGAAUGCUGUAAUACCCAGCGUUAAAGAGCAGCAACCUAUUGAAGGAGGACCAGUUGUGGGUGGCGCGGCAGCUACUCUAUUGCAACAGGGGAGUAGUAGAAAGGAUGCUGAUGAGGCGCAUGAUACUGCAAAAGCUCUUGGCUUGGAUCCGAACCUAUCUG